AAGUACUAGAUUUCAGCAUGUCUUUAUUGUUCCGACGUUUUGCCCCGUUAACCUAACACAAUAGAACAUCCACGGGCUAGUUUGAUCUUAAUAAAUAUGCUAGAUCUAUCCUGUAUAGAUUAUCAAUCAAAACCAAGCAAGCCCACUCCUCUUUCAUAGAGUCAGUAAACAUACAAUCAAGUUGUCUUUAUUUCAAUUUCAACUUGAAAUUCACUAGGCGUGCCUUUGUCUCAAGUACUAGGCGUUGACUUAUCACACACAGUUGAAUUUGAAAUUAUAUUAUACCGAGGCCGUAAAUUGAUUUUGUCAUUCCGCUCUUUGUCACUGAUUUGGUCUUGUAAGAUGAAGCUUACCACUGUUGCAGUGAUUCUGGCAACGGCCGCUGCAGCUCAUCUGAUUGUUGCAGGUCUUCCAUAUCCAGACCCUCGCGAAAAGCAGCAAAGUGCAAGCUUUCUUCAACCACAAGUACCCGUCCAGGAUAAUGAAGCCUUGCCAUUAAGUUUGCCAAGCAUAGUAGAAUCUAUUGACCCUUCCUUCGAAAGAAAAAAAAGGAAGAAAAAGUUUAGGUGGAACAAAGGAAUGUUUUCCAAGGCCGUAAAUAGUCUAGGUAUUUUGAGGAUACCUGGAUUGAAAUUAGUCACGGUAAAGAAAGAAUUCAUGCAUUCACUAGAGAAAGCAAAAGGUCACAUGAUCGAGAUGAGAAAAAGACGCCCGUCAAGUUACCAUAAAUAUUAUAGAAACGAACGGAACUCAAAGCCUCAAAAGAGGGUCCUACACGAUCUUUGCCAAGAAACCGUUGAUUCUAUAUUUGUGUUGGCUCAUGCCGAUGAAAGUCUUGCCUACAAAGUCGAAACCAUCCUCUGCGAGGGAACGUGUUAUUCUUCGAGUCUAAAACUCCCUCUGGGUGAAUGCGUUCUCAAGAGAAAAACGAUGGUGGUGUACGUUUUUGACCAAACCAAAAACCUCGUCCCGAAAACAGUCGACGUGGGGUGUGCGUGCGAAUGCCUUACAUCUUUGUUAAAGUGAACCAGACUAACUAGACUAUUCUCGGUGUUUUAAAGACGGCAAUGUCGUGAGAUCCUUUGAAGGCCGGCCUUAUUAUUCCCGUGAUGCUAAUUGAAUUCUACUUUCCGUUGGUACGUCAUUCCAGACUUUUGUCGGUCGGAUAAAGGGCUCAGUCCUGCAUGAGAUCUUUAAUCUUUAAUUAAUUACUCGUAGUAUGAGAACUAUACUAAAGCUCGUGUCAAACGUCAAACUUCACAUGAGCCGAACCUAAUGACAUCAAAGAAGGCCGCUUUGUUAUCCAUUAUUUCAAUUAGGUUCGGCUCAUGUGAAGUUCGACUUUUUACCUGAGCCAAGGAGCAGUAAAGGCUCCCUGGUGCUGAUUGUAAGUGCCCCGGAUAAUAUGUGUAGUAUCAUAAAGUUUAUUUUGAUUAGCCAACAAUGAUAAUAAAUUAAUUAACCGAGACUCUCAGAAGACGUUGCUGAAACAUGUUUUUUCAUAUAAAAAUUUCAAAAUUUU